CCAGACCCCAAAUUUCCAAUUCCUCCACUCUACUCGUUUUUUUUUUUCUUUUUAAAAUUAAAUUAUUUUUCAAUCCACUUCUAUGACAUGCUUGAUUGCCUCUGCAACGGAUUUAUUUUAUUUUAUUUUGAAACUUAAACUAAGAAAAUAUAACCCAAAUGAUUUAGCCAUGUCAGUGCAGUCGGAAUAAUUCAGUCAUUAAUCUUCGUCAUUUAUUUGUGGAAAAGAAUCAACUAUCAAGAUAUCCAACGCCAUAAAGGAGGUCUCAUCAUAAAAAAUCCAACCCAUUUGCUGUAGAGGGUUAUGAGCUACUUCAUUAAAUUAAAAGGCAACAAUACAGGGAAACCUCGCACAAAGAAAUAAGAAUUCUUCCCACCUUCUCUUUCUUUCCCUCCCUCACAAAGGCACCAAACCACAACUUCCCACUAACUGCAUCUUCAUUUCGGACAUGGAAAGCUUGAGUUUCUUCGCUGGAGUAAUAGGUAACAUCAUCUCAGUGCUGGUGUUUCUAGCUCCCAUUGGAACGUUUUGGCGAAUAGUAAAGCACCGAUCGACCCAGGACUUUGAGAGCCUUCCCUACGUUUGCACUUUGUUGAACUCAUCCUUGUGGACUUACUAUGGAAUUAUCAAGCCCGGGGAAAUACUUGUAGCUACUGUUAAUGGUUUUGGUGUGGUUGUUGAAGCUGCCUAUGUUACCUUAUUCCUCAUAUACGCACCGGCAAAAAUGAGGGCCAAAACCGUCGCUCUGGUCAGCCUCUUGGAUGUGGGGUUUCUAGCUGCAGCAAUUCUAGUGACUCGCUUGGCAUUGCAAGGAGAUACGCGGAUUGAUGCACUAGGGUUCAUAUGUUCCGGCCUCAACAUUGUAAUGUACGGCUCGCCUCUAGCUGCCAUGACUUUCAUCCUCCUCUUCAUUCCAACAAGGCAGGUUACUGUGCAGUGGGACACUUCAACUUGGUGUAAGGAUGGUUGUAGGGAUUUGGAAGUGGCUCUUGGUAUAUGCCAGGAGAUAACCUAUCCAGAUUUGUGUGGUCCGCAAUCUAUAGUAAUAGAAUAGUGUUUUCGGACGUGGAGGGAGGGCGGCCACAUGCCAUUAAUGUACUUUAAUACAGUAGUUGCAUAGGGAAAUGAGGGAGAGAGGGGGUUGAAGCCAAAGUUACAUCUGCUCACUUGCAAUGGAUGGCCUUUUGUCAAUCCAAAACCCUCAGCAUGCAUCUUACCUUUGAUUCAAAAUAAAUUUCUUUAUUUACUCA